AUGAAGAGCCGUUGUCUAUGUCAGAUUUGUACCUGCGGACGACAUCAUUGUCCACAUGGAAACACAAGGAUUUAUGAAAAUUCUGGCGUGCCUUACUUCACAACUGAAUAUUUGGAAAAAUACCCUACGUAUGGCAAUAUUCUUCCACCUCAAAGCCUUAAACCCAAGCAAGAAUUUCGAGCAUGCCGUGGUCGGAUUAUCGUCCUUAUGAAAUAGUCAAACAGCCUCGCCAUGUACCAGAAGAGUAUAAGCCAAAACAUGGGGAGAUUGAUCUUGGUACUACCUAUAAACGGGAUUUUAAUUCUUACAAAGUGCAGCCUGUGGUAAUAGUCCGGCCUUUGGAAAGACGACAAGUUACAAAAGGAAAGUUGGACACUGUCCCAACCUACAAAGAUGAUUAUAGAGCUUGGGACAUUCAGAAAAGUGAACUUUAUAAACCAGAAGAAACUUAUCAUCCCCCUACUGUGAAAUUUGGAAAUUCAACUACAUUUCAAGAUGACUACAUUCCUCAGGAGAUAAAGCCUAGGCAAAGCUUUAAACCCUCUUUUUUGGUCAAACGUUCUACAACCCCUUUUAAUGGUGACACAAGUCAUCGCCUUGAUUAUGUACCACAUCAGCUAGAAAUCAAGUUUGCAAGGCCAAAAGAAGUUUACAAGCCAACCAGCAAACCUUUUGAGGAUCUCACAACUCACCACAAUGACUUUCAGGGUCUUGUUGGUGAAACUGCAAAAAUCUGCAAACCUGCCGACAAUAGAGUGGCCCAGAAUGCUCAGUUUUCAGGAAGCACUGAAUUCCAAGAAAGUUUUCAACCAUGGGAAAUCCCACCACCUGUCGUCAAGAAAGUACCAGAGUAUGUCCCACCUACAGGUACUAUGCAGUUAAGCAGCACAAGUCAUCUUGACUAUGUUCCGCAUGAGGCCAACCGUGUUGUUCCUAUUAGACCAGCUUCUCAUAGAAGAAAUAACAGAUUUCCUUUCCAAGGCAAAAGCACCACAAAGGAAGAUUUUCCAGCAUGGGAAAGUUGUCGUCAAGGAAUUAUUAAGAGACAGCAGCAGAUUCCCAAUCCAUCUGGGAAAUUUGAUGGUUUGAGCACUUUUAGAUCUCACUAUGUGCCACAUGAACUGAUUCCCACAGAGAGUUGCAAACCUUUAAAUAUUGCUCUUACGAGUUCUAUUCCAUUUGAUGGUGUAACCAUGUAUUCCAUAGAGUACACACCAAAGAAACAAGAAAUCUGCCCAGCUAGCUAUCCUUCUCCUCCAGGUUAUGUAUUUGAAAAUACAGAUUCCCAAGGUCAUAAAUACUUUCGCAGGAUCACCCCUGCAGUGAAGGCCUUCUAAUCAUCCAAUUGUAAUUAAAAGGAAGCUAGCUAUCAAGAUGGUGGCUUUCCGAGGGCAAAAGCAAUUUUUACAGUGGAAAAAAACUUAGAUAACAAGUGAAUCAUUUUUCAUAUUUUUCAACAAUAAAAUUGGAAAAUUUAUUGUAGGAAAUCAGAAUCUUAAAAUCUAUUUUAUUUAUCUUUUAACCAAGAUUAUUCUUUAAUAUGCAUUUUUAAAAACUGAGUGAUUUUAGUAUCUGACAUGCUGUUGGAUAGCUUGUCCCCAAUCUUAUUUUUAUAUUUCUGUUUAUAAUUAUGGCAAUUAUAGGAUUAUUCACAUACCCAUUUUCAUUUGUCCAGUACAU